GGAUGAACUCCUGCCAUGCUCCAAGCUUCGUUUCCUCGCAAUCCAGUCCCACAUGCCUCAGCUUCAGUUUCAUGUCCUUUGCAAUUGCUUUUCUUGAACCUCGACAUUGCUAUUACUAUUCGCCAAUUUUUUUACGUUGCUCUGCUACUGGAUUUCGGUUUUUGUCGUUGCAUUUGCUGUUAUGGCCAUGGCAAUCGGCGCAGCUGUGGUGAACACGGCAACGCAGGCUUCCUUGCAGUUAAACAUGGCCACGGGUUCCCACGCUUCCGCUGCCUGCCCUUCAUUGUCAUCCCGGACUUCUGUUGCAUUCUCUGGUUUUGAUGCUGCUGCGUUGAAGGCGAACAGCAUCCUGGGGAGGACCAGUUUCUCAAGUUCGACCAGGUUGUUCGUCAAGGCCGCUAUGGAGGUGGACAUUGCCAAGAUUGUUCCUCAAGCCGACCGGGUGUUGAUUCGUCUCGAUGCACUUGCUUCUACAUCUGCCGGAGGGGUGCUGCUUCCAAGUGCAUCCGUCAAGUAUGACCGAUUUCUACAGGGCGAGGUCAUUGCAGCUGGAUCAGAGGCCACUGAUGUAGUAAAGGGGCAAAAGGUCAUGUUCGCAGAUAUUAACGCAUAUGAGGUUAAUUUUGGAACAUCGGAUAAGCUAUGCUUAUGUCGCAGUGGUGAUUUAUUAGCCGUCCUUCAGUGAUUCCUAGAAAUUUCUGCCAACUUUGUAGACUGUCAAUGUGAAUCCCGAAUUUGCACAGGAAACUACUCCUUAUUAAAAGGGUGUUAGCAGAAAUGAAGUCGACUUCCAGCUUUCCAGAUAUUGUGUAGAUUUCUGCUGUCAAUUUUAGAAAAAGGUGAUCCUGUGUCAAUGUCUUGCAAGAAGUUGCUCAUUGACAUAGAAAAGCUCAUCUGUUAAGUUACUUACAUCCUAUGUUCUUAGUUGCAACUCUCAUCAUCUGAACGGAAUUGAGCGUUCAGGAAAUUGGUCCGAUUGUUAAACAGCCCAGCUGCCACCUUUGUGUAAUAGAAUUCCACUAAACAAUGCGUUGGACUACUAUGUUGCAGUGAAUAAGAGGGAGAAAUACACAUUAUUGCCA